UAAUUCAUAGCUUUUAUUCAUAGUUUUCGUAUUUCUCGUUUAUCAUACAAUAAAAUUUAAUUAACUAACAAUUGUUAUAGUUAUAAAACUAUACAGUCUCUUUGUAAAAUCACGCUGUUCUGGCUAAGCAUAAUUCUAUUUCGGUAGUUUUUCCCAUUCAGAGAUUGGUCUCUUUUAUUUCAGGGUAAGCGCAUGAAAUCUUCCUCUGAUUUAUUUUAUUCACAUCGUUUUGCGUACUCACUGAUACUCUCUAUGACAAACAAGAUAUUUUCCUGCAACAAAUUACAUUUUGUUGCCUACACGCAGAUCCUCAACGAUAACCCUUGCUCUGAUAUUUUAUUUUAUAUGAAAUAAAUCAUUUGAUUGACAUAUUCACUUCUUUUCUUUAUUUUUAACUCUAUCUCUCCUACCUUAUAUCAUGAAUGCAUUGAUUUUUGUUGAAAAUUGAAUAUUGCAAAGUAACUUGUAACAAACAAGGAUCAUCUUGUAAAUAAUAUACUACUGGUUUCUACAUUUUUAUUAAUAUUAUUUUGUAUUUUAUAUAAGUUAUAUCUGUUCUGUAUAUUUGGAAUUCAAAUGUAUAUAAUUAUAGAAAUUUUGGGAAUUUUAGCGAAGUAAACGUGUAACACUUAAAAUAACGUCAAACAGGAAUAUGAUGUUAAAAUACUGUCAAAACUGCUUGAAUAAGGCCAAACAGAAAUGUGAUGAGAAAUUUUUAUGUUUUUUUUUAAAAAGUCUGACGCGGAAUGAAAUUCUUGAGAGACUUGUUUAGUAAAAUUAAAUCCACUCAAAUUUCAACUAAGCAGCUAUCCCAUGUCAUAUACGAGUAUAGCGUUCUGUGCCAAACAGACUUUUAUUUCAAAAAAAUAAUAAAAAUUUGGGCUGUAUUUUUAGAUCAUUUUUGUUUGUCGUUAUUAAGAACUUGUACUUCGUUAGACUCAAAGUUUGUCAUAAAUGUGAAACUUUUCUCAAUGUAACAAUUUUUUUUACUUGCUAUAUAUCUUGAUUGGCAAUUAAUGCUAUUGCUGCCUAACAGUGCUGUUGGUUCAGAAAAGACCUGCCUAUAUUUUUGACUUUAUACUCCUCGUGUAAAAUAUUUUGAUAACGAUUCUGUCAGAAAACUGGAUUUUGUAAGGCAUUUUAUGGAAAUUCUGACUAUACCUCCUUCAUUUAGAAGCUUGAUUCUAAAUAUGGCACCGCUGCCUAUAUAUGUCUAGGUAUAUAUAUUAUACAAUUUAUUGUGCUCUAUUAUCGAAAUCACUAUGGUCAAGACGACAUUUAAAAAGGUAUGAGGUAUGAGUCACCCCUAACAGAUGAAUUUGCUCAAUUUUGUUCAUGGUAGAAUUAAUAAAUAGUUUCUUGGUUGAGUUGUUGCUCUCUCUCUAAAAAAUGAUUUAGUUUCCCAAAUCAGUUCAAGUUUUGAGGGUUCAGCCCCCCUAUUACUAAUUUAGCUCAGCUACACAAUUAUAACCUGCUCUUAAAUAUGGCAGCCCAAUAUGCCUCUAUGAAGAGGACCAUUCAAAUCUCAAUUGGAACCUUAUAACUAUACCUAUUUAUAUCCUGAGUCUAACAGCCCUUUACAUAUUAGAGUUUUUAAAUAAGAAUUAAAGCCAUAUAUCCAUACUUAUCCAUGAUCUUGUGUUUUCAUUCUUUUCAUCAUUCAUGUUCUUUUUCACUUUAUAAUAGGAAAUAUUAUGUCUUAGGUUACGCUAUUAAUUAAUCUGAAAAAUGGCGGGAAGAUCUGAAAAUGGUGACGGUGAUGAAGAUUUAGAUUUCGUUUAUGGCGAUUGUGACUCGUUUAUAAGUGAGUUAGGAGAAUUGUACAGUUAUACAGAGGAGAAUGAAUUUGCUUUAAACCAAGAAUGCUUCAUAGAAAUCCUCGGUGACGAGAGAAAAUGGAUUGAAAUGACUUUGGAAGAAAAGAAGGUUGUGAUUAUGAAGGCAAUGGAUGGAACAGACGUCGUAAAUUCUGAAAAGAAGUUUCGAGCGGUGAGAAGUUUAUUAUACAUUGCACAGGGUAAUUUUACUGAAUUUGCCACCGUUGAGGAACUUUUGAAAAGUUCCAGGAAAAAUUGCUUUUUAUUGUAUGAAAUGGGAGUAUUUGGAUUGGCAGAAGAAUUACUUCUAAUGGAAAUACAUAAGAAUGAGAAAGAAAUUCCUGAUUCGAAAAAUCCAACAGUGUGUUCUAUCGUUAACAGUUCGGAAUUAAGAAUCGUGAUUAGUCUACUUUAUACAAUGCUCGAGACUAUUCGACAGUUUGAAGAAAGCGAUUCUGAAAAAUUCAAAAAAGCGAGAGAUGCGUUCAUUACAUUGUUAAAUCAAUCAAUUAAUGGAAAUGAAUCGCUUUUCGUCGUUUUGUUUAAUAUGGUUACCAAGUUCUGUAACCACAACAUAACAGCUUAUCCAAUUAAAAAGGUUCUUUUAUUAUUAUGGAAAGUUGUCUUGGCGAUGGUGGGCGGGCUUGAAGAUUUACACCAGUUAAAAUGUAAGAAAAGAGAGGAGGCGGGGCUUCCACGUUUAGCAGAAAAUCCUAUUGAAGUUGCUAGAAAAAUGAAAGCGUCUGCUCCACCAAUGAACGCAGCGGAUUUGUUCGACCAAGGUCAACCGGGGAGGAGAAAAAAUCGCAGAGGAAUCAUACGUGGACCAGAAGUGGUUGAAGUUUCAGGUUCGGAAAAUAAAUCUGAAUCUUCUGGUGAUAUUGACGUCGAUAUACACAUUCCUGGGGCGGAUGACGAAGAUUCUGAAAAAGAAGAAAUGAUAGAAAAUGGAGCUGAUCUACUCCCAGCCCCUUCAGAUCAAAAUGAGGUGGAAAAAACUGAUGAAGACAUCAUAUUUAACUCUGAAAUCGAUGCCCCUGUUCCCGGAGGAGGAAUUGAUACUCCAGCAGUUGGUAUCGGAACGCCAGCACCAUUUAAGAGGGAUCCAACACCGGGUGACACUGCCGCAAUCGCUUUAAAAUUAAUGAAAAUUAAAGCAGAACGUGAGGAAGAGCAUGCUCUAAAAGAUCUUCAUGUUAUCAAAGUACCUUCUGGGCUUCACUGGACUCCUAAAACUCGGGAACGAGAUGUUGAGAUCUUCUUAUCUCAAGUCCGUCAAAAGUUUGUCGGUUUUCAACUUGAAGGUGAUGUAACUACUAUGGCUGGUCUUCCUACGCCAACUAAGGAGAGUGUUAAAAUUCUUCGAAAGCAUUUAUAUGUUUCACUUGCGGAAAAGCAAAUUGAAAUUGAAUCACAGAUAGGAAAAUACCCCCUAACAAAAGCAAAAUUGGAUGUCAUUCCUGAUAACUCGACGGAAAAACUUUACCAAUCAAUUCUACCAAAUUUACCACAAUAUAUGAUUUCCCUUUUGAAGAUCUUACUUGCCGCAGCUCCGACAUCGAAAGCAAAAAGUGACGCAAUCAAUAUCUUAGCUGAUGUUUUGCCCCCUGAGAUUCCAUACUCUGCAGUUCAAUCAGUAAGAUUAGGAAUCGAUGUCAAUCGUCAUCGUGAAAUAAUCGUUAAAUCAAUUUCAGCAAUUUUGCUUUUAUUAUUGAAACAUUUUAAGCUGAAUCAUGUUUAUCAGUAUGAAUACAUGAGUCAGCAUCUUGUGUUUGCGAAUUGUAUUCCUCUUGUUUUAAAAUUCUUCAAUCAGAAUAUUGUCGCUUACGUCACAACGAAGAACGUCAUUCCUUCAUUGGAAUAUCCUGCUUGUGUUGUUGGAGAGAAAGUGGAAAUCACAGCUGAAUCUCUGGAACCAGUUGACACCCAAUCUGCAGCCUGUUGGAGAAAUCUAUUCUCGAGCAUCAAUCUGCUCAGAAUUUUGAAUAAACUUGUAAAAUGGAAACAUUCAAGAACCAUGAUGCUUGUGGUCUUUAAAUCAUCACCAAUAUUGAAACGAGCAUUAAAAGUCAGGCAGGCAAUGUUGCAGCUUUAUGUUCUCAAACUUUUGAAAUCUCAAACAAAGUAUCUUGGCCGAGCAUGGAGGAAGAGUAAUAUGAAGAUUAUGUCAGCCAUUUAUCAGAAGGUGAGACAUCGCUUGAGUGAUGAUUGGGCUUAUGGAAAUGAUGUUGAUGCCAGACCUUGGGAUUUUCAACAAGAGGAGUGCACGCUUCGAGCUGAGGUGGAAAGAUUCAACUUCAGAAGAUACAAGACGGACAGUCCGACUAUUAUUCCUCCAAAUCAAGACCAUGAACCGGUUGACAAUGACCUUCACAGUGUCCUUGGAGAGAAAUUUGACCUUCCAAAUGAGUUUGUGAAAAACUAUGAUAUUUGGUUGGAACGAGAAGUGUACUCUACAACGACAGAUUGGGACCAGUUGCUUUCAAUCUCAUGUGUGCAGUAGUGAAGAUAACCUCACUAUUCUGGAAACAUUAAUCUUGGGUUUAAAUCCCCUUCACCCAGUAUGCUCCCCUGCUUUUCAUUUUAUAGAAGGGGGGUAAUUUGAAAUUUAUGGGGUGGUAAAUAUUUUGCCAAUUGGCGAUAAAACUAUGUUAUGUAUUUGACAGGCCAUCUACAUCUACACUGAAGAAUAUGUCAUAUUCUAUAUAUUUGAAUAAAACUAUACUUAAGUUUGGAAUUACAGUUUGGUAUCACACCCCCAAAUUAGGGGGUA